AUGUUGAACAAUUCCGAAGUGUUACCGAAGCUUCGGGAUAGAAUUGAAAAAGGAACGAUCAUUCGAAGAGCUGCGUUGGCGAUGGAUAGAUUUGAAAGAGGAACAAUCAGGGCUGCGCUGGCGUUCGAUUCCAGAACACGCAGCCACCGAGGGUGGCUCAUCCCCAAAGGCAUUAGCGCGGCGCCUGACCGGCCUCGCUCCCAUGGGAACACGAGCCUAGUCAAACAA